AUGCAAAGAGGAGCAUAGACCAUUAGAUCGCUUGGAAAAGUCUUUAAAAGUCUUGAUUCUUAUGAUGGAAAUAGGAAAGUUGAUGCUGGUGAGUUCUUUGUUGGUCUCUAAGAAGUCGGAGUGAAACUUUCAAGAUAAGAAUCAGAUGGCAAGAUGAAUGCAAGAAGACAGGCAAUGGUAGAUAAAGCCUUCUUAAAGUUUGAUAAAAAUGGUGACGGUCAUAUUGAUGCCUCAGAUUUGAAGGGUACUUACAAUUGUUCAUUCCAUCCCAAGGUUACCUCAGGACAAAUGACUGAAGAUCAAGUUUUUCUAGAAUUCCUAAGCAACUUCAAUGACAGAAAUAGAGAUGGAAAAAUUCAUAGAGAUGAGUGGAAUGACUACUACCAUGCAGUUAGCGCAUCAAUCGAUAAUGACGAUCAUUUUGUUUAACUCAUGAAGGCUGCUUGGAAAUUAGACUGA